CAUGCUAUUUCUGGCGAGACCAGGCUACAGACACGGAGGUCACGGGAGGAGUAAGGCGAAAAUAGACUAGCCGUGAUAUUUUGGAUAUAUCAAACAACAAGGCAGGUUUGGUGGAGUUCAGAAAUCGCUGAGGUCUGAUGCAAAGAUUCCGUGGGAUGAAACAACAAAAACUUGUCACUCCUGGAGCGAUGAAGGAUUCUCAAAUCGGGCCGGACGAUCUUAAACAAAUUAGAACCUCAAUGUCGACCAUACAUGUCGCAACGGAACGGUGGACGCAGUUACGCCGGUGUCCUAUUUUGUGAGGAUUCCUCUAUCCCGACUCCGAUAUCUCCCUAUCCAGUGUUGCCCUAUCAGAAGACGACAACUACUCGUGAUCACAGUUGAGAAAGUUUUCUAAUAUUGGAAAGGAAACGUCAAUGACUUUAACGCUUCUCGUCGGAUAAAUGUGGAUAUGACGUCGUCGUCGCCCGCAUUGAUGGCUGACGACAAAAACAGUCUCCCAGGGAUGCCGCCAAUGACAAAUAUAAAGACAUUUCAGGAUGGCGAAAGGUCAGGUACUAAUGGAUAUGCGCAAUGCGAGUUUGUCGAAACUGAUUUGGACGAAGAUUUAGACGAGGUAGAUGGACCAUCCAACGGACGUCCUAACGGUCUUCUGGGUGUCCGCGUCCGGAACGGACGUUCCGCCGGACACCGAGAGCUAUGGCGUCGCCCGAGUUAUCGGACUGCUCUGGAAAAGGGUGGUGCGGAAAUUGAAGGGAUGGAUUCCGAGAUGGAAGAUGAAAAUUCGCGAACAAGUCGUGUUGUAAAUGUGCCGAUUAGGUCUCUUGGAGACCGUAGUCCUGGUUCUUCUGGGUUGGAAAAAACUUUAGAAGUUUUGGACUCGGAGUGUUUCACUUCGAAAGAUAACUCAGUGGAUAGUGAGAAUGAAAUAAACGUAGAUACUGGAGUAGAGGUACGGUCUCUAGAAAAUAUGAGCACAGCUUCAUCAUCUCUGCUGUCGCUGAGUUCAAUUGGGAGUGACAAUUCUAGUUCUGUCAGUUCAAAGUUCAAGGUCGAAUCCAGGGACGAAAAACAGAAACGCGACCGAAAUAUGGUGAAACUUGCUCAUAUUAGCAAUGAGUAUGCUCGGUUAACUGAGUUAUUGGAUGUCAUAAAUCCUUACGAACUCCGAGAGGCAUUAAAGCGAAUGUUACAAUCGAAGGACCCCAAAUUAGUGGUUGCUUUAACGACAUUACUACCUCGGCGAGCCUAUCCCGUCCCGACUGUUGCGCACUGCGCGCGCUGCCACAAGACUUACAAUCCCAAACUGACAUCGAACUGCGUGUUACGACAUCCAAAUUCAAAAGUGACUAAAAUUCGUGAGAAUCAAGACGGUGCUUCAUUUCGAUGUAGUGCGUGCAACAGAGAUUUUACAAUAGUAAAGAUGCAUUUUUACGACGAGGCGAUAAACUCCUAUCUCUCGGGGUUAUGUUUCCAGGGUCGGCAUACCACUAAUCCAAGAGAGGUCGCUUUUGGAGGCGCGGCAAAGUCAUGUGACGUUAUGGGGUGUCUUGAAUGUUAUGUGUAGGCAACCACUAAGUGGUUAAGACAAAACGUUUCCAACGUGAUGUAUGCAUAAUAACUUCAUUACACAAAAUGAGUUUAGGGGGCCAUACGCACAUUUUCCCGAUUUUCAGAACCCCCCCCCUUCCGUACGCAAAGAAAACGUUAAAGAAUGUACAGCGUAUGCAAAUGGUAGCCAAAAUUGUUGACCCCUCCUCCACCUCAGAUGCGUGAGUACGUCCAUGGCCUCUUGAAGAAAUCUCCCAGCCCUUCCUCACUCAAGACGGGGGCCAACUUAACCUUUCGAUGUGAAGGCACUGGCAGAUUUCUCCUUCUCUGCCAUACUGAACUUCUAGCAGCCUUCGUAAUGCAUUGAGGGUCAAUAAUGCUUCUCUGCAUGAAGCGUUGGCAAUGCACGAUGUAUUAAACCUUUUAAUAAUACUUUAAAACUAUGAAAAUAACGAAUCAAAUGUUCCUUUAUCAAUAGUGUCAUCUACAAUGAAUUACAUGGACU